AUUUUAGAUAUUAAAGUAUGAAACUGAUGAAAUACUGCAUUUUCCCGCAGUAUGGUCGUGUGUGUUCGUUCUAAAGCUGUAGAGGAGUGAGGGAGGUUAACGUUAAUCAGCCUGAUGCAGGUUCAGGCGUUUGUUGUAGUUACUAUAGCAACCGUUUGUUUUCUGCUUACUGAUAAAAUACCGCCUACGGUUUAAUCACUUUAAUUUAUUAAAACUAGCAAUAAACCGUAUCUACGCAUAAAACAAACUUCACACCCCGUGUUCACACGACACGACAAAACUAAUAAAUCACCGAAGAAUACAUUAUGAUCCUGAAGGCAGCUGCGUCGACGGGGAGCGUUGAAGUUUAAUCGCGUCGCUCAGUGUGUAACGUUACAGUGUCUACAGGGCGCCGGAGGUCACUUCCUGAUUUACUGACUGUCGGCAAGACGUCCUAACUAUUUCAAAACGCUCUGCCUCUAUUUAAAUGACAUCGGUUUGCGUGCCUGAACAGCGGCGUUACCCACAAAGGUGAAAGUAGCGAUAGUUUUCGACUUUAUCUGAUGCAGACCAGCGCUUCAGUCCGUCGUAGCGCAGGUGGAUUUGUCGAUUCGCAUGUUUUACUGACACAUUUAUACUGAGGAUGUUUUAAAAUGGCGGUUGCAGCGUCACAACAGGGUCUGGAGUAAAGGUGAGGAGGUGAUGGACGCACACACAUCCUUCCACCUGCAGCAGGAACAUGGCAGAAGCAGAGCACACGUCCGGGGAAAGCAACACAAACGGUCGAAGCAUUGAUGAUUCCCAGGUCUCAUCGUUCAGCAACUCUUCACACAACCAGUGUUUGCCUCUCACCCAAAACCAUGUCAACCAUCUCAUGCCCUCAGACUCUCAGCUGCCACAUGUCUCCCUCAGCUACAAAUCGUUCACUCCCUUCAGUAGCACAUGUGAUGAGGAUCGCAGCAGCCUGGCCUCUCAGGACUCUGGAAUCCCCACCCUUGAGAUUAACCCCCCUGAGCACAUUCAUGCUCGAGUCCCCGCUGCUGAGCUGCUGGUUCCACCUCCACAUGAUGAUAAUCCGGCAACACUAAACUUGGAUGUUUCAGAUAACUCCAUAAUCAAGUCUUCUACCUUCCCACGUUGUGACUUUGAUUUGGUACGCCUUUAUGGUGCAAGUGGGCUCUCGAGUGCGGCAGGCAGGGGUACUUUGAACCGCAGUGAUGAAAUUUCAGUGUGCAGUGUUUCCAGUUUAAGUACUGAGUUUUCUGCCACAUUGUCAGUCAGUAAUGAGGACUUCCAAGACUUUAUGGUUACAUCCGAGUCCAGCGCGGUUGUUACAUUUGAGAAUGAAGAUGUCUUGCACCGUUGUGACAAUUCACUCUCAUCUCCUACUGACCUACACGGCAAGCUGAGCAGCCCACAACGGCAACCAGUGGGGGUCUCUACACCACAUGAGGCUAGACCCAAGAGACUGGGUCCACUCGCCAGCUUCUUCCACAAGAGUCUUUUUGCUAAGACCGUGAAGGAGACGGGUGCACUGGAAGAACAGAGAGAGCCUGGCUGGAAGCUGUUUGGUAAAGUUCCACAUAAAGAACUUUCCACCAAAGGCUCCAGGAAAAUGCAAAAGGAAUAUGAAAGAAGGAGUGGACAAUCAAGCAGUUCCAUAUCUCCCAAGAAGAAUGUAAAAAGGAACCUGGACUUUGAGCCACUUUCAACCACAGCCCUUAUACUGGAGAACCGUCCAGCGAAUCUUCCUGCAAAGCCUGAGGAAGAAGCCCAGAAACACAGACAAGAAUAUGAGGAGAUGGUGGCUCAGGCCAAGAAGAGAGAGCUGAAAGAGGCCCAGAAACGGAGGAAACAACUAGAGGACAGGUGUAAACAUGAGGAAAGCAUUGGCAAUGCUGCUCUCACCUGGAGUCAGGAGAUAUUACCCAACUGGCAAAGCAUGUGUUCAUCCAAGCGGGUGAGGGAUUUAUGGUGGCAGGGUCUGCCACCCAGUGUGAGGGGCAAAGUCUGGAGUUUAGCCAUAGGCAAUGAACUGAACAUCACAGAUGAGCUGUAUAAUAUCUGUUUGGCAAGAGCCAAAGAAAAGUGGAAUGCCUUUGUAGCCCCAACGGCUGCUACAGAAACAGAGAGUGAAGAUGCAGGAUUGUCUCAUGCUGAUCGAGAGGCCAGUCUAGAACUCAUCAAAUUAGACAUUUCCAGAACCUUUCCCAGUCUCUGUAUUUUUCAACAGGGAGGUCCAUACCAUGAUGUAUUACACAGCAUUCUGGGAGCUUACACUUGCUAUCGUCCGGAUGUAGGAUAUGUGCAGGGAAUGUCCUUUAUAGCAGCAGUGUUGAUCCUCAACAUGGACACUGCUGAUGCCUUCAUUGCAUUUGCCAAUUUGUUGAACAAGCCUUGUCAAAUGGCUUUCUACAGAGUGGACCACAGCCUUAUGUUGACAUACUUUGCAGCAUUUGAAGUGUUCUUUGAAGAAAAUCUACCAAAGCUCUUUGCACAUUUUAAAAAUAACAGCCUGUCCUCUGAUAUUUAUUUAAUUGACUGGAUCUUCACCUUGUACAGUAAAUCUCUCCCACUGGACAUUGCGUGCCGUGUGUGGGACGUGUUCUGUCGUGAUGGCGAGGAAUUUCUCUUCCGCACAGCACUGGGGAUUCUGCGACUUUACGAGGACAUCCUCACACACAUGGACUUCAUCCACAUCGCUCAGUUCCUGACGCGCCUGCCGGACUACAUCUCUGCUGAAGAGAUCUUCUCCAGCAUAACCACCAUCAACAUGAACAGCAAGAACAAGAAAUGGGCACAAGUUCUUCAGGCUUUGCAGAAAGGACAAGACCGGGGCAGUCCACUACUGAAACACUAAGGAUGCAUCCUCAUGUCUUCUCUUCCACCUCAAAGAGACGAAGAGAGAAACUCAUGUCGACUGUGCAUGGAUACUCCUGCAUACCUCUGGUACCACAUCAGAAAAUAUCAGUUCCAGUGGUCAUCAUACGUGUCCAGUUCCAUACAGACUGAUGCAUGGGAAUACAAACUGACCUCACAGGGCUGGAACGGAGGCAACACAUCACAUGAAUGUACACUCCCAUCUCUUAAUAAGGUGUGGCAAUGUGUUUGUAAAGAUCUAAAUUAUUUAAUGUCUCUGUCUUUUCAUUGCUUUCACCUUCACCCUUUCUCUUCUGCUUUAUCCUCCUGCCCCCCUCAGCUUAAACAAGGCAUUUCCAUUCAAGCAACAAAAAAAAAAUAGAUGUUUUGCUGUGGUUUGUUUCUAAUAUGAAAUCAUAUUGACUUGAAAUGAGAUUCUUGACAGUCACACUGUACUUUUUUCUUGGUGACCUUUGAGUAUCCUUCAGAAUCGUGGAUUCUCAUAGGUAGUGUUAGUUUAAAAAAAAUUAGAAGUGCACAAAUCAUGACGAGUUUAUUUUGUUUGCUAGGAUGCAAUGUUAGUGAAUCCCACCUUUGAUUCUUAGACUUUUUGUACACGUUUUUUAAUUUAAGUUUAUUUUCAAGAACUAUUAUUUAUUCUACCUCUUACUCUCUGUUCUCUGUAUUACAAAUGUCUUUAUUCAGAGAUUUGAGUGAAUACGGUUUGUGGAAUUGUUACUGCAUUCUCUCUCCCUUUUUUUUUUCCUCAUUAUUUUUUAUAGGAAGUGUUGUUCCAGUCUUAAACCAAACAUGCUGGAAUACUAGUGUUUCAGUUCAUGCCCACAGAACAGGAUUUUAGCAUAAUGAAUGUGGCUUUGACAUUGUGGUGCAGCUUGGAUCUCAUGGUGGUUGAAGUGUUGAAAAGAAGGUAGAUGAAAGAUUGAGUGUGUGUUUAUAGAUGGUGGUGGUUUUCUGUCAUACGGCUCAUCUCAGCAUUAUGCUUGGCAUCAUAUUGGCUUCGUUAGAUUUUGCAGUAAAUUAUUCUUGACAUUCAACACUUCAUCAAAUUGAGAUUAAAAUCAGACAAAAUCGAAUUAUUCAAAAUCAAUGAAAUACUAUUCUAUAAUACUUCAUAGUCUUUACUUGUUUCAUGUAAACAUGCACUUAACUGGCCUAAUUAAUGGGACCAUAGUGUAACAGCAAUAAAAGCCUCUUUAUUUUUAAGUUUAGAGAAGUGAAAGACAUUUUGGUAAAUAUUUGACUGCAAGGUAUUGACAGUGUCAUGUUAAACAUCCGGAUGCUUAUUUAUUAUAUUGAUUAGAACACAUGGUAAAGUUCAUGGAUUAUUAUUUUUGUGAGGGGAAAAAAAGACCUACAUUUCAUAUCCUCUGAGAGUGUAAGUGUGUAUACUGUAUGUACACACAGUAAUAUGUAAACAAGCUAUGAAGGCACAAGAAUAUUGAAAAGCACGUGAUAUCUUAAUUUUAUGUUCAGAUAUUAUCAAGAUAAUGUGGUGAGAUUUCACGGCUAUGUGAUCACUGUGAUCAAAGAAAAACCUCCCACCUUUUUGUGGUCUAAACCACACUACUGCAAUAAGCUGCUUUGCAAAUAGUUUUUUUUUUCAUAUAUUUUCACUGUCAUCUUUACAAUGCUCUGCCAUUCCAUGUUUUGUUUCUUGUUCAUUACCAUAUAGGAACACCAGGAACUCGUUUUGUGUUAAUGUUGGCUGUUUUUUUUUAUUUUAUUAUUAUAAUUUAAUUAUUCAUUGCCUCAGUUUUAAAAAUGUUUAUAUGUCUGGGGGGCAUGCACCAGGAGCUUUAAGGAAAUGGCUUUCUUUUUUUCCAAAAUGAGUCCAAAGUUUUUAAAGAACUUAUGCACAUAACACAUAACAAAAAGAGCUUAAAACACUUUAUAUAUGUCCAGUGCAUUCAGCUGUUUGAGUUCAUGUACAAUAAAAGGAGUGAAGACAAUCUCAGUUGUAAUGGCCGAGAUGACGUGUGUGUGUGUGUGUGUGUGUGUGUGUGUGUGUGUGUGUGUGUGUGUGUGUGUGUGUGUGUGUGUGUGUGUACAAACAACGUCAUGUUAUAUUGUGAGUACUUGAGUGUGUGCAUCACCAUAAACGAUUAAUUCUGUGCAAAAGAGCAGAGGCCAUCCAGGAACACAGGAAAUGUUAAUAAUGAAGUACAGUAAUGUUAUUGUGCAAUGUAUUUAUUAUGUUAGUGUUUUAUGUGGGAACUGACAGAAUCAGGUGGUAAGAUGAAGGCAGCAGGAUGUUCAGUGUAUCUGUGCCCACAUAUGAAUAACUGGCCAGUCCAAACGGUUUAAUGUUAGCCUUUUGUUCAUCUAUAUCAACACUGUAUGAGCAUUCAAACGUGUGCAGACUGUAUGCAUGCAAUCCCACACUUAUUGAAGCUUUCAGAAGUUAUUUGAGCAAGCACUGAUGCAGCUCACACAACACGUCUGUGUUCUUAUGUGUUUGUCCUUUUGUCCAAAAAUGCUGCCUUUUGCUUUUGUUGUCAAUACAGAUGAUAUAGAAAUAAAGUUGUAUAUAUUCGUGGUC